UCCAUCCACCCUUUGCAGACGUAGCAGAAACAAUAGAAACGGAAACGAGAAUAAUUUGGAAAGAAGCGAAGAGUUGUCGCGGCGACCGAGGCUUGGCGCAUUAUUGCACACUCAUCGUAGUACGUAGAGGACGCCAUUAUUAAUCGGAGUAACUAUCCAAUCAAGCUCCAAUCCAUUCGAAGCAAGGACGGAGGCGACCCAUUAUUAAUCUCUCUUCUCCCUAGGCUAGCCAAGCUAGCGGUGGGAGCUCGCUUCAGUCGCUUGCUUCGUUUCACGCCCAUCGAGGCGUCGUCCACGCGGCCACCCCCGCCAAGGCGCCGCCUCGGAGGAGCGUGGCGUGGAGCCCGAACGAUGGAGCUCGGUCUGGGCCGGUCCGUGGAUAUGUAAGGUGCGGUGCGGCCGUGCGGGUGUGGUUUGGCGCGUGAUGGGAUCUGGGAGCAGCAAGGGCGCCUCGUCGUCGUCCGCGGCGGCGGGCGGAGAGGUUCGGAGGGGGAAUGGGAGCGGGAAGGAGAAGGGGCGAAGGGGGAGGAGCCUGCUGCCGAGCUCCUCCUGCUUCCGCGGUGUCACGGCGCCGUGCGAAGGCGACGCUCCCGCUGCCCCGACGGCGGCGGUUGAGUCUAGCAAGGGAGGAUUGACUUCAAGGCUGCCUUCACUUGCUCACACUGAAAAAUCCGAUGAAGAAGCUCUCGCUAUGCCUAAAUCUCAUCCAGGUGAAGGUACAGUGGCACCUUCAUCACAUAGUGAGAGAGAACGAGAUGAUGAUGUGCUACAAAAUGCUGCUUCCACCAGUGCAUCAGCAGCAGCCAAUCAAUCGCCAAAUCAUUCUGACAGGUCAAUGCCACGUCUUGGUGUCAAUUUUGGGUUGAGUAGAGCUGUCAGCUUGGGAUCAUCAGUAGCAUGCUCCAUUCUGUCAUCUGGCAUGACCACUUCAGCUAAUCCAGGUGAAGGUUGUGGAGAUGUGGACGACUCUUCUCAUGCAGCCCAACAUGGUGGUUCGCUGACUGCUGGGAUUGAUUCGUCUCUGGAUAUGCUUAGAGAUAGUGUCACAGCACAAGCUAGAGCGGCUCGUCAGGCUAGGAGACAUUUACUAGAAUCUGAAGAUGCUAACUUGAGGAAUUCAUACAGAAGGAUGGGAUCUCAGGAACCUUUUGAAGACAGUGUUCGAUUUAGCCGAACAUUAAGUGUCGGGCGUCUUCGUGACAGAGUUCUCAGGAGGACUCCGUUCUCAGAUGGGUUAUUCACCCCUUCACUUCUUGAUAGGACAGUAUGGCCAUCCGGAAAUGCUAGUGCUAGGCAAGAUUCAGCAAUGAUGCCAAGGACUAAUUCAGACAGAAGUUCAGAACUGCGAUCUGAUCCUUCAACCAACAGCCUGUACAAUUCUAGUAAUCGGGAUCUACUGGAGCGCCGAUCAGCUUUUCUUGAGAGGAGGAGGAGGAUACGAUCUCAGGUCAGAGCUCUCCAAAGAUUGGGCAGCAGGUUUGAAAAUUUAUCUGGUCAUGAGAGGUCCUGCAUACUAUCUGGUCAGCAUAGAACGGGAAACUGCAACUGCAGAACAAGCAGCCGACCAGGUAAUCCUGAUGAAGAAACUAGCACAAGGGCUAGCAUAUCGAGAAUUGUUAUGUUAGCAGAAGCACUUUUUGAGGUUCUGGAUGAAAUCCACCAGCAGUCUGCUGCUUUAUCAUCUUCAAGGCCAUCGUUUUCUUCAAUUGGAUCUGCCGUUCCUGCUCCAAGGGAGAUCGUUGAGUGUCUUCCUGUAAAAGUGUAUAGGAAGCCAUUGAAAUACCAAACUGAUGAGGCUGCACAAUGCUAUAUUUGCCUUGUUGAAUAUGAAGAGGGAGACUGUGUCCGUAUACUUCCAUGCAAUCAUGAAUUUCAUCUAACAUGUGUAGAUAAAUGGCUAAAAGAGAUUCACAGGGUGUGCCCACUUUGUCGUGGAGAUGUCUGCAGAUCUGAUGCAUUGAACAUCGGAAAAGUCGGCUGAUUCUUUGUCUCUUAAGAAUUAAGCUUCUUACGGAGGAAAAUGGAGCUCCUAGCGUGGUUCUCUGAUCCAGUCUCGAUAGAAUCUGCAAAACGUCUCUUGCGGGUGUUAUUUUCAUCCCCCCCCCCCUCUCAUAUGGUUAGAAGUCAGAACAGCUCAGGAUGCUUCUGUAUUAUAUGGCAAAUUCGCAUAGAAGUCGUCCCAUUAUGAAAUUGAUGAACUGCCAUGUUAAUUUGAGAUUCUUGUAUGGCGGGGGAUGUUUGUUGAUAUUGCAAUUUUUUGUUCCAUCUUA